UAAAUCUCUCCCACUACUACUACUGAUGAUAACACAGAGACAUCCUGCUGUGCUGAGAAGACAGAAUCCAGGUGGAGCCUACAAACCAGUCUGACUGGUUGGAAUUAGGAGCCGCCCAUAGUGAACUCUGCCGAGAGAAAUUUAGAAACAAGGGAAAUGGAUUCGAAGAGAAAACUGUGAGAAAACACCAACAAAAGCCAUGUGUGGACCCAAAGCCCUGGAUAGUUCCCAGUAUGGAAAGAUCCUGAUGAAAGUUGGCCUUGCACUGAUUGUGGUUGGACACCUGAAUUUUAUUGUGGGGGCCAUUGUACAUGGAUUAGUACUGAGACACGUUGGACGUAAUUCGCUACAAUAUUCUGUCACCAACAUCAUCGCUGUGGCAACUGCGAUUGUGAGUAUAUCCUGUGGAAUAGUUGCCAUUGUUCUUUCACGAUACCUCAAACAAACUACACUGCGUUGGGCAACAGUGCUUCUUAGUAUAAUUAAUGUGGUGUUGUCUGCUGCCUGCACCGUAGGCAUUGCUGUGUCGGUGAUUAUGACUGUGGCUAAUGAAGGUCGCACACUGUUGUCUUCAUGUACGUUCACCAACCUGCAACUUAUCCAGAUUUCCUAUGAAUGUCCUUUCGAUCCCACAAGAAUCUAUAGUACAACGCUGUGUCUUUGGGUGAUCGCUAUUAUACUUGAUUCCAUUGAAAUUGUUUUCAGUGCACGCUGUUAUGUGACAGUACUAAGACUGAUGGAUGUUACCAUAUGCACCAAGAAGAAAAAGAAAGUCAGAAUCCACUUUUCUGUGGAAGAAGAAAGUAGAACAGAGCAAGAAGAGCUGAAUGCUUCAGGCAGCUACACGGAAAGGGUUUAAUACUCAGGUACCAGCUGGACAAAAUAUUUCUCAUAUCAAGGCUCUGAACUUUGCUUUGCUAUGAACACUUGAAGACCUAUCAGCAGAGAACAUGUGCAGCAAAACUCAGAAUCUUACAUAUCGCAACAGUAUUGUUACUAUAAAACGCUUAAUCCAUGUGUCCUUACCUAGCAGACUUGAGGGUGUGGGUCCUUCAACAAGAACAUAUAACUCUGCAGCUUCCGUAAAGUGAAACAAAAUAGCCCUUAACAAUUAAAUCCUAAACUGUUCCUUAGCCCUUAAUUCCCCUAACCCUAAAGUGAACCAUUAAAAUGCAGGGCAAAGCUUCAGCUUACGGUGGAAGUCAACCGUCCUAUCGUUCUCAGCCAAGGAAGCUGCCAUCUUGGCCUCUGUUUAAUCUUUAACUGCCAUGGUGCUGCACAUGUGAUCAGAUAUGA